AUGUCAAAAGCUGUUUGUACCUUCGAAACUUGUAAGUGCAAAAUCAUUACUAUCGAUGACGCCAAUGUCAUCAGUUUACCAAAUGCAGCUCUAGACACUUUUCACUUGAUGAGACAUCGUAAAAAAGAAGAGCAUGAAAAUAAAGAAACUUGUGAUUUCCUAGUUGUUGGUGAUGUUUGGGAUUUUGAUAAUAUAGGUGUGUCAAAGGAUAUUCCAUCAACAGCAAUUACUGACGUAGAAGAAGAAUCUAAAAUGACCACCGACAGCUACGAAUUUACACACGAAGAUAAAUUAUGGACUAUUUCUAAAUGCGUAAAGUAUCUGAUAUGUGCUGAUUGUGAUAAGGGACCAAUAGGUAUGAUAUGUGAAGUCACUGACAAGGCUACAGGUUCUGAUAAGAAACUCGUUCAUAUGCUAUCUCUGAAAAGUGUCUCUCAUUAG